AUCGUUUUCGUAUCAUUGUUUUUGUUAUUCUCUUAUCACCAUAACCUCCGCGUAGAUGUUGUUUUGAUUGUCGUAAUUCGCAAAGUAUUACCGUGUAACAAAGCUACUAUCGUCUUUUUGAAUGUCCAACGUUGCUCAGAAAAUGAAGGUCCUUUCACUCUAUAAGCAGAUGAUUCGUGAGUCGCAAAAAUUCAGUUCCUACAACUAUCGAAUGUAUGCCCUUCGACGAAUCAGGGAUGCUUUCAGAGAUAAUAAGAGCCUAAGUGAUUCAGCUAAAAUACAAUCAGAGCUGGAGUAUGGACAACGAAAUUUAGAUAUCAUUAAACGACAGGUACUUGUCGGUCAAUUGUUCCAAACGGAUAAAUUGGUGAUUGAAAAAUAGAGCAUUCGUAUGAAUGGAUGAAAUCGUGAUCCACUUAAUUUGCUGCACUAUGCACUCUGCUGUAGGCAAGCUUGCAGGUUAGUUAUGUUGACUUUAAAAACCGGACUGAGGGAACAGGUUUAUAAAUGAGAAGUGUUUGAAAGCUUUCGUAUACAAAAUAGUUGUAUGUUAAAUAAACUGAAUAGGUACUCGAAA